GAGUGUAAACACAUGUCUGCUUUUGCUUUGUAUCAGACUCUGCAGUCAGAGCUGCCCCCUCCGGGUAAAAAGCCCUGCCAGCGGGUACAGGUGAAAGUAAAAAGGAAAAAGAAAAAAGUAAAUGGGUCUGCAGUUGCUAUUGUCAAGCAAACUCGGGCCCAGAGGAGGAAGAUCCGCAGUAAACAGUUGAAGGCAACAAAUAAAGAGGAGAGUAAGGAGACUGGACCACACAAUACUCAGCUGAAGGAGGAUCAGAGGGAGGAGAGUGUAACUGCAGAGUCUUUGGGUGAUGUGCUCACUGAACUGACCAGAGUUAACAACAGCAAAGAGAGAGCCAGCAAAUUAUUCGAGUGGUUCCUCAAACCCGUUCCUGCCAAGUUCUUCUUCAGGGAAACAUGGGAAAAGAAACCUGUCUACGUUCAGCGCAAGAAUCCAGAUUACUACAAGGGAUUGUUUUCAACAGCUGAGUUUGACCGUAUAUUGAGAAAGGAAAAUGUCCAGUAUGGAGUGAACCUGGAUAUCACGAGCUACGUUAAUGGCAAGAGGGAAACGCACAACCCUCCAGGGAGAGCUCUGCCGUUCACUGUGUGGGAUUUUUAUGAGAGUGGCUGCUCUGUGCGCCUCCUGAAUCCCCAGGCUUUCUCCUCCACAGUGUGGAAUGUGCUUUCCAUCCUCCAGGAGAAAUUUGGUAGCAUGGCAGGAGCCAAUGUAUAUCUGACGCCUCCGGGAACUCAAGGUUUUGCUCCUCAUUACGACGACAUUGAAGCUUUUGUGAUUCAGCUGGAAGGGAAGAAACACUGGCGAGUGUACAGUCCGAGAUCUGAAGAUGAAGUCUUACCUGUGCUCUCUAGCCCAAAUUUUGACCAGGCAGAGAUUGGGAAGCCCAUCCUGGAUGUGGUGCUGGAAGCCGGGGAUCUCCUCUACUUCCCUCGAGGAUUCAUCCAUCAGGGCAACUGUUUACCCGACGCACACUCUCUGCACAUCACCAUUUCCUCAUACCAGAAAAACAGCUGGGGCGACCUGCUGCAGAAGGUCAUUCCUGCUGCAUUAGAAGUGGCGAUGGAGGAAGAUGUGGAGUUUAGACAAGGUUUACCUUUGAACUACCUGACCUACAUGGGAGUGCAAAAUUCAGAUAAGGCGGACCCACGGAGGGCAGAUUUCUUGUCUCGGGUUGAGAAGUUGAUUAAGAAACUCCCGAAUUUCGCCCCGGUGGACGCUGCUGUCGACCAGAAAGCCAAAGAAUUCUUUCACGACUGCCUGCCUCCUGUGCUCACUCCAGAUGAGCUGGCCACCAGCGUGCAAGGAGCACCGUCUAGGUGGGAAAAUGGCAAAGUUAUGAAUGUUGGUGUUCACAUCACUACUCAGACCAAGAUCAAGCUGCUUCGUGCAGGGUGUGCCAGACUAUAUGGCGAUGGAGAUGCCGUGCACCUUUGCUACACCAUCGAUAACUCCAGAGUUUACCAUAAAGAGGAGCCCAAGAGCUUUGAAAUACAAACAGAGCACACAGAUGCUGUUGAGUUUCUGAUCCAUUCGUAUCCCAACUUUGUGACAGUGGGAACUUUGCCUUGUGAUUCUGUUCAGGAUAAGAUUGCUUUGGCUGAACUUCUUUUUGAGAAGGGCAUUAUCCACACUUCUGAACCUCUUCAGGCCCCACCAGCUGUUCAGUCAGAAUGACCACAUUGUAAAAUCUAAUGCUUGUUUAAAAUAAGAUCUACACCAUAAUACUUGGUCUAAAAUAAUGUUUUUUUGAAUCUGUUAUUUUCAUGAAUGUGCCAUUCCUAGAUUUUUUGAUGCAUAAAAAACAUACUAGCAAAUAAAAAGUUUUUGAGAACA